CGCUAUUCAAAUAUAUCUAAACAACUAUAGACUUUCUAAAAAAUAUGGUGAAUUAAGGAAAUUAUUAGAUGCAUCGAGUAGCUAUUUUCUGUCUUCUAAUUAUAAAGCAAAAUAUAUGUUUAAACACAACGAAUCUAUGUGUACUAAAAUAAUAAAUAUAAACUUUUUUAUGUAUAUUUUGGGGUGCUUAGUUUGGUUUCUUAGUCCAUUACUUAUAAAAGAAUUUCCUCUAAAAAGAAGAGACGGCAGUCUGGUUAUUUACCAUAACAACAUCCUAAAUUCAUUCUUAAGUUUUAUACCCAUUUCGGUUUAUGAGCAAAUUUACCCAAUUGUUUAUCUAUUGGAAGCUUUGGAAGUAGUACAUGUUUGUUCUGAAUUGUUUUUCUACUAUACAAUAGUUAUACAAUUUUGUUGGAUGUUAUCAGCUCAACUGAAAAUAAUUGCGUUUGAAUUCGAAUCAUUUGGAUAUGAAAAUGUUGAAUUAGAACAAAAAAACGACUCUUACUACAUGAAACAUUUGAAUCAAAUACUUUUGGAUCAGACAAAGAUAAAUGUUUCAAUUAAGAAAUUUCAUGAAAUUAUGAAACCGAUGACGUGGUUUACUUUUGUAUACUGCUUAAAUCUUUUAAAUGCUCUCAUAUAUGUGUGUAUUUUGAUUUACUUUCAAAAUGAUGGUGUAUUAUCAGUUGGGUUUGUGAAAAUUAUAUUAUCAAUAUCAGUGGCCAUAAUCGAUUUGUUUGUUAUAAGCUAUUUUUAUGGUUAUCUUGAAAAUCAAAUGAAUGGAGUACAGUUUACUAUGUAUAGUAUUAAUUGGACCGAUAAAAGUAUAAAAUUAAAAAAAAUGUUCUUAAUGGCUAUGAGUUUAAAUCACACGAACAAAUUAAAGAUGAAUAUUACUCCACAAAAAUCGUUGAAUCUAGAAGUAUUUGGCUCGGCGAUGCGUGUGUCCUAUUCUAUAAUUUCACUCUUGGCAAAAGAAACAAUUUCGAAAUAAGAAUUUAUUUUGAAUCUUUUGUGUUUUAUUAUAUAUUAAGUUCACUUUGUGUUAAAUUUUACAAUGUAAUCUUUAAAUUAAAACAUUAAAAACUUGAU